CCCUCUAAAUUUCUAAACCCAAAAUUAAUUCCCUCUAAAAUUCUAAACCCAAAUUCAAUUCCCUCUAAAAAUUUAAGCCCAAACCCAUUUUCUAUACUUAGACAAAAUUUCCCUAAUUUUCUAAAGACAAACCUUUCUUCUCUCUCUCCCGUGUCUCGACUCUUCGAGCUCUCAUCUCUAUCGAUCUCUCAAAUCCCUCGAUCUCAUCUCUCUCUUGAUCUCUCUAAUCCCUCGAUCUCUCUUACAGCUCUCUCGUUCUCUCUCAAUCUCUCGUCUUCCAUGCCUAAUUCCUCCGCAAACGCAUCCAACGACCGUCGUCGUUCUCGCCCUCCAGGCUUGAAUCUUGAAGGUAAGGUCUCGAUUUCUCUGUUUAUUGAUUAGGGUUUCGGUUUAGGAUUCUCUUUCGGUUUUGAUUAGGGUUUUGAUUUGGGUUUCAAAUUAGGGUUUAGGUUUGGGAUUCGCUUUCAUUUUGGGUUGCGGUUUCAGUUAGAGUUUGUAUUGCAAUUUCGGGUUUCAAAUUAGGGUUUCGAUUUAGGUUUCAAAUAAGGGUUUCGAUUUGGGAUUCGCUUUCAAAUAAGGGUUUCGUUUUGGGGUUUCGAUUUAGGUUUCAAAUAAGGGUUUCAGUUUUUCAAUCUUAACGCUUCUUCUGUUUCUCUUUCUGCAGAUGUAAGAAACGUGAGACCCCAAAUGAGAGCCGCUUCAAUGCCUCCUGGUAGGACUCCUGCUUCUUCUCAACCAACAAGACCUCCUGGAGUGGUCGGCUCUUCAACUUCAUCUGCGGCUCCUCCUCCUCCUCCUCCUCCAACCUAUGCGACGAGAACAGAAGAGGCGCUGCUACGUGCUCCAACCCGAAUUAAUCAGCCACACCUCCAUCCUGAUAAGAUCAAUGGAGCAUUGUGGAUCGGAGUUGAUCCUGAAGUCCAUGAGUUUAUAAGAGCAACAUGGCAGGGAAACUUCUGGGGGCCGUGGCAAAGCUGGUUAAAGGUUCCAGUGGAGAAGAGAACAAGUUGGUGGCACUCUUUCAUUCAACAAUACUACUGGGAAGACCAAUUUCAUGAUGAAAUCUACUACAAAUGGAAGCUUCAGACUCAAGUGACUAUCUGCGGACGCAUCAGCCAGAAAAGACAAAAGAACAAGCAGCCAAGUUACAUCAGCGCUACUGACUGGGAAACGAUCCUUGCGAAUUGGUCCACAGCUGAAGCAAAAGCCAAGAGCCAAUCAGCAGCUGAAUCUCGUUGUGCUGCUCCUCCAGGGCUGAAGAUGCACGUCCAUGGUGCAGGACCACGCACCUUCGCAAAUAUUGCGUAUAACAUGGUUGUUGAGGAAGGUCUGGAGGGACCAGUUUCAUAUCCCGACCUUGUGAGGAAGACUCACUGCCGCAAAGAUGGGACCUUCCUUGACGAACGAGCAGAGGCACUGGUUCUGGAGGUUGAGCAAGCGGUUGAAGAGAUGCUACAAGAUGGAUCUCCUCUUGGAGAUAGCCAAACUGACUCAACGGCUGCCACAAGCACUUCAAAGCGCCUUCUCCUAAACGAAGAAUACAUCAAGCGUGGACAGACACGCAGGGGCACCAUCUAUGGUCUUGGCAAUCUUCAGUACAAGAACAAGUGUCCUUCUGAGUCUGUCCCUGCUUCACUCAAGCGAGGCAUAAACAUGGAGAUGCGGGUUUCUGGCCUGGAGACUCUCACACAGGAAAUCAAGUCUGAUGUUAAUGCUUUGAAGAAUGACUUCAAUGAAGGCACAGCUCAAACUCAGUCAACUCUCAACAUGAUUCUGCAACUUCUUCAGCCUCAAGCUUCUGCUGCGCAAGCAAAUCAGUCUCAGCAUCACUCUCCCUCUCAUUCUGCAGCUCCAACUCACGGUCAAGCUCAACCUGAAGGUCACGGUCAAGCUCCAACUCCACCUCACGAUCAGCCUCAAGCUCCAGGUGAUGCACAACCUCAACAUCUCAUCACCACUACCAAUUUGGCUUUAGAUAGGUGGUGUAAUGAACUUGGAUUGUAGGUGUAGAUGUGGCAGUUUAUGUAUUAUGGUUUCUUGUUUUGAACCUUUUGAAUGUUUGAAUGUUUUGUGGAUCUUUUGAACUCUGUUAAGCUAAUGUAAUAUAUUCCCUUUCUGUUC